AUGUCGAAUUAUUCUAGUGAGGCUCACCAAAAACCAUUAGCAAAUGAAACUUCAGUCACUUCUACUACUACAUCAGCCAGUGGUGCAGCAACACUAGCGCCGCAGGACGAUUUAUCGAAAGCCACGGCCAAACCGCCAGAUUUCGAUGAUUUCAAAGAUUUCUUCACUAACAAGGACAACAAUAUCAAACGUCACAUGCUAGUUUUCUGGUCCGGUACCGGUAUCGACGACCCGCAAACGUUUGCCGGAAGACAAGACAGGUUCACGCUUGAAAUGAUCGUAGGCACAAAAUGGAAACAGUACCAAACUGACAAAGCACACGGUGGCUAUUGGAAAACCUGGUACGAUUGUGUUGAUGGAUUCUGGACUCCGGCCUCCGACGCUCUUUCCAGUGUAGCGACAGGGGACGUUGCUGUCAUUCUAAGCGCAGACGCUGAUUACUUGCAACAGCAAGAAGAUCCCACGCAUGCUACUUGCCCGACCUGCUGGUACAACACUGAGAAGCCAAACCUAAUACACAAUCUUCUUAAAGGAUCGGUCGCUGGUAUCUUUAAAUAUCAUACGCCGUUGCCCGCGAAAUAUAUCGGCAAAAUAACCAGCAUGGGAGACAAGUUAUAG